CCAGUAUUUUAGUCUUAAUUUUAUUUAUUUUCAUACAGUACUGAUCUGUCAGUACCGCUUCCAUUGUGCCAGGUACUUCCACCAAAAAUUUCUUUAACUUAAAGAAGAGAACAUGGAAUAAUCCUUAUUCUUAUUAAGAACUAACAAUGAAAAUCAAAAGUGAGUUAACAUGUGCAGUAGAGAUGAACCGAAUACUAAAAAAAGUAGGGGAUAUCGGAUCCAAACCAAACAAUACUUUGAACUAAGACUUUCAAAUAAAUGUCACUGUAUUAUGUCAUUAUAGUAAUGAUAAAUCUUUUAAGUCUGAUUAAGGGUGAGUUCGUAUCAGUAGUUUAAUUAUAUGAUGGGUCAAUCAAAAUAUUAGUAGCAUGCCAAAAUUUAUAUAUAUAUAGUAUAUACGUUAAAUAUACUGUUGGGUAUUUAAAAUUAACGUGGAAUAAUGGAUGACAAUAGUUCAUACAACGAAAGUCAACAAAAUAAUCGUAGUCUUAACAGACAGUUACGAAGUAAUUGUUGGUAUCAGCUUUUCUACUACACACGAGCAUGUAAUAGACCAAAAUCAGCUCGCAAUUCACAACUACACAUACGAAAAAGGAUCGUUGUAGAUCAAGCAAAUAAAUCGACAUUUGUAAACGAAUCGGAAUUAGAUCAAUAUGAUUAUACAACGAACGUAAAGGAUAAGAUCAUUAUUCCCUCACCGUAUGUAGAGUAUGCGUCAUUAGCUAAUCAUCGUCAGAGUGGAGAAUGUACAAAAGUAACUUAUCCAAUAUUUAUUCGCUCCAAAAGAGUUUCUGACGAAAGUGAAGACAAAUACAUAACAGAAAUAUAUGCAGAGGAUGACAUACCAAGCACACUGGAUGCUUCCUACAGUAAAAUUGAUCCUAACAAUUUAUCAAUCGCUCUCAGACGAUCCAUGGAAAGUAUCCGUAAAGAUACAACUUCAUUACCACCCAUGUCGCAAGUGUCGCUUCCUAAGAAGCAACAGAAAAAAUCGUCAAAAUUCGACAUCGAAUUACCCUACUCGUCAUUCGACGUGUGCUGUAAGAAGCAAGAGAGGUUUCGUCGAAUCUUGGGGGGUUAUUCAACUCAUCCCAAAUAUCAGAGCGAAAAAUUCAGUGACCGCGAACAAAUCAAUGUGUUUGUAAGAAAAAAUCCGAAACUUUUAAUAUUUAGCGAAACGCAGGACGAAACUGUAAAAAAUAUCCAGUUGGCUGCACAACAGUUACAAAUCAAAUGCGUUCGAUUCGAUGAAGUCAGGGACAUCGAAGAUUCGCAUCAGCCGACUGACGUGAUAAUAGUGGACGUAAGGACCAUGGGGGCCAUCCCACAGGACGUGCGUGCUUUAUGCGAGAGUUGUCGCAAAUGCAUUCAACAAGUUAUGAUAAUUGCCUUGGUCAAAACAGAAGAUUUCGAGAAGAACAAUUUAAAAAUUUUACAUCUUUUAGACAUAGGAUUCACCAGGUGUCUGGCAGAAAACUCCAUUUACACCGCUUGCUACAACGAGCUCAUUAUGAUAUUUCAAUCGGACUUGAAGAUGUCUUUGAGGGGCUUUACGUUUAGUGCUAUCUUUUUCGCCACAUCUAUUAGCACUAGCGACCUGAUACUGGUCCUCGAUAACGAAUAUUACAUACGACAUUGUAGCAUCUCCAUCAAAGAACAUCUACAGUAUGAGAUCGAAGAUGUACUUGGCAAAAACAUUCGGGAAAAACUCAUGACAGGUUCGUCAAUUUUCUCUUCGUUCGAACGCGCAAUUUCUGGAUCUUCGUCUUGGCGAGGAACAUUGCAGAUGGAAAACAAAAAUGGCGAAACCGUGGCGGCCCAAUGUAAUGCGUGCACGUUAUUUGACGACAAUCGCACAUUCUCACAUAUUGUAAUGAGUCUGUACGUGUAUGGACCUUUACGAGAGAAGAAAGUGUCAGUGAGUACAGGUCGUUCCGAAUUUAUGCUCAUCAAUAUCGUCAACGCAAUCAAUUUGAUCGACGAAGCUCGCAACAAAUGCGAACGGGAAAGCGAAACCUACUUGUUAUUGACGAAAGUUGUUAAUUUAUUGGAUAACGUUAAUGUCGUUAAAACGGUUAAAAUGAUCGAUCAGAUUUCAGAACCCAUAGCUUCCGAUUUAAUAACGGCGUUGCUCGACACUAAGCAGUCCACAAGUCGGAUAGGCAUGGAUACAAAAAGUUCCAGAAAGCAAGCAGCGUCGAAAAUUUUCACCGAUGAAAAUCAAAAUUACCUCUCGUGGCAGUACGACAUUUUAUCUGAAGAAACAAGUUGUACAAACAUUCUGAUUACGUUAGGAAUGGAAUUGUUCCAACAAUUCAACAUACCGGAAACAUUGAACUGUAACGAAUCCGUCUUCAAGAAUUGGUUUUUAGUUAUGGCAAACCAUUAUUACAAAGAAGUUCCUUAUCACAAUUCGACGCAUGCUGCAGAUGUUAUGCAAGCGUGCGCUGUUUUUUUAACGAACAAGAAGCUGGGAUUAUUCCUCGAUCCGAAUUUAGAGGCGGCCUGUUUGAUUUCGGCGGUAGUCCAUGAUCUCGACCAUCAUGGUAAGUCGAGCGCGUUUCUUUGCAACUCAAAUCACAUCUGGGCCCUCCUGUAUAACGACUUGACCGUUUUGGAAAACCACCACGUGUCCCUCAUGUUCCAACUCACCCUCUCCGACGAUAGGAUAAACAUAUUCCAAAACGUGGACAUUGAACAAUACAAAGAACUCAGAUACAAUAUCAUCGAUUUAAUCUUAUCGACCGAUAUGACCAAACACUUUGAUAUUUUGACGAAAUUCGUAAAUGAGUUCUCAGCUAUACCAUAUCAUACUGAAGAUGUACUUAAGGUAAUCAAUGCGCCAGAUAAACUUAUUUUGAUGUACAGGAUGAUCAUAAAAUGCGCUGAUGUUUCGAACCCUACCAGAAAUUUCAAUGUGGCCUUGGAAUGGUGCAGACGUAUAACGGAAGAAUAUUGCAAACAAACAGAUGAAGAGAAAUCUUUGGGUUUACCGGUGGUGAUGCCGAUGUUCGACAGAGAAACUUGCUCGGUGCCCAAAGCUCAAAUUGGUUUUAUCGAAUACAUAAUUAACGACCUGUUCGAGGCUUGGAACGCAUUCAUUGACAUGCCCGAACUGCUGAGGAAUAUGAGGAAAAAUUAUAAACUUUGGAAGAAGCUAGAUGAACUGGGCUAUGAUACGUUAGCUACACUUUCACCGGAUGUAUUCAAUGCUGACGAAAUAAUGUCCACAAAGAAUAUUUCGUGAUAAAUAACUAGUGUAUCAUUUCUAUACAUUACAUCAAUUAUUUGAAUUGUAUGUACAAUAAAAACAUAGGUAUCUUCUU